AUGUUCCUCUACAAUGAAAAUGAUAUAUCAUUUGAUGAAAAUGGUAAAUUUUAUGGAUUUAAGAAAGAUCCCUCCAGAGAAGAAAAGGAUAAAUUUGUAAAAGCUGUAAAUCAGUUCCUGAAGUUCCAUGCGGGUACAAGUAUAGUCUCGUUUGUGGUCCCUUUCCGUCUUGCGAAUGACUACAAAAACGACGUUGAUGAAUGGAUCAGAUCUACCAUUGGAAUGGGUGCAGAACAACUUACUCUUUGCUUAUCUGUUCAGGAUGGAGAACAAAUUGAUAAUUAUGUGUUUUGUUGUGAGCUUCUUUCUCAAGGUACAGAGUGCCAGUUAAAGACUCUAAGCUUGGUAGGAUGUCUGUUGACACCAAAUUCUGUCAGCCAAUUCAGCUGCUUAAAAACUCUCAUUACAUAA